AUGUCGCAGCUAAUUGGAAUACCAUUAAAGAAGACCCUUCAAAUUGAUUUAUAUAGACAACUGGGUGAUGUUAUAGACUCAACGUUUUACCAAGUGUCUAGUAUAUUCGCUGAUGAUUUGGCCAAGGUUAAUAAAAUGCGAGAAGUUUUACUUACAUCCGAAGUCUCUGAAAAGAAUUUAGAAAAGCUGAAGAAGUAUUGCAAUUACGUGUUUUGUUUAAUAGCCAAGUUUCCUGAUAAACAAAUUGAAUUUACUUGGUUUGAGUCCUUGGGUCAUAAAUCGUUUGGAAAGUCUUCUUCCCUAUUUAAAUUUGAAUUAUUAAACGUUGUAUACAAUAUUGGUGCAAUGUAUUCGUUGCUAGCACUAGAUUACAAUGAUGGUUCUCAGGAAGGAUUGAAGAAAUCGUGCAAAUGUUUCCAGGAGAGUGCAGGUUGUUUUCAGUAUAUUCUGGAUUCAUUAGAUAAUGAACUGGGAGUGUUGCUUGAGGAAAAAUCCUUAACAUCCUUACUAUAUUUAUCUUUAGCAGAGGCCCAGGAACAGUUUUGGUUUAAGGCAGUUCAAGAUAAAUUAAAAAAUUCGUUAAUUGCAAUGCUAGCAAUGCAAGUUUCUAUAUUUUACGAAGAAUCGUAUCAAUAUGCAAAAACCAGCCCGAUAAUCAAAACCGAUAUGGUAAGACAAAUUAGAGACAAAUAUUAUUACUUUUGCAGUGUGGCAUAUUAUCGAAAUGCUUUAUAUUUUAAUGAAAAGGAAGAAUAUGGAAAUGCAAUUAGAUCAUUAAAGGAAGCUCAACAGAACAUCAGCUCAGCUGGUCAAAGCCCUUAUUGUCUGACCCUUCAGAAGGAAUUGAACGAUAUGGUGAGGAUUUCGGAAAGAGAUAAUGACUUGAUUUACCUGCAAGUUGUUCCUGAUAGUUGCCCCGUUAUAAAACCAGCAGUAAUGGUCAAGGCAUUGAUUAUAGAUGAGUUAUCUUCAUAUGAAAAAAGCUGGGGAAUAUUUAAAAACCUGCUGCCCAUAGAUGUCACUGAGGGAGCCGCCGCAUUUAACAUAAGACAAGACAAAUAUGUGGAAAAUUAUAUUAAAGACCCACUAAUGAUGCUAAACAAAUUUUUGAAUGAUAAGCUUCCAGAAAAUGAACUCCCUUCAGAAAUAAAACACUUGACGGAGGAAGACUGGAAUGUCUAUUCAAAGUCUCUAUCAGAUAUGGCUGAGCUUUCGAAAUUAGUUGAGCAGAAAGUUCAAGAAGUUGAAGGCCUUUUACAACAAGAACAGAACAAUGAAACGGAAAUGAGAAAUUUAUAUGGGACCAUGCAGUGGAAUUUAUCCAGGUCAAAAGAGCUGAAUGCCACAUUCAAAAACAGAAUAAGUAAAAUAAAAGAAUAUAUCACCCAGGGGAGAGAAAUUACUAAUGAAACUACAAAACUACUUAACAUGAUUGACAAAAAAAUAGUAACAACAGAAAUCAAGCUUCCUGAAAGUGACGACCCCAUAGUGCGCAAGGUAGGCAAAGUCACGAAGGAAAGGUACGAUUAUAUACACAAUAUAGAACAGAAGUCACUGACGAACAGAAUAUUGCCCAAGCUCGUAACGCACUAUAAGAACACUGGUUCUUUGGACUUUGAAGAUAUUUUUCAUGAGCACUUGAAAUUGUUUCAACAAGAUUUGUUAAAUGUUCAAUCUGAGAAGCAGCGUAACGAGGAAUUAAUUCAGGAGCUUUCUACUAAAAAGAAUGAUGAAACUUCAACGACGAACAUAUCAAAUCCGAGACAUAUUUAUAUCCAGGAAUUAAAAUACUCAAUGCAUCUCUUGGAUGAGGUGAAAGGGAAUAUUGAAGAAGGAUUUAAAUUUUAUGGCGACCUCAAUGAUUCAAUUGUCAAAUUACGGAACGAUGUUCAUGAUUUUGUAACUCAAAGAAAGGUUGAACAUGAUAAAUUUCAAUCCAAAAUACAGAAAAAUUGA